CUGGCGUCCAACAGUACACAGGUACACACACACAUACACACACUAUAUUUUCUAUUUAAAAUGUAUGAAGAUGGAUGCACAUAUGAUAGAUAGAUAGAUAGAUAGAUAGAUAGAUAGAUAGAUAGAUAGAUUGAUUGAUUGAUUGAAGGAUGGAUGGAUGGAUGGAUGGACAGAUAUGUAUGUAUGGAUAAAAGGGGUAGUUGGAUGGAUAUGUACUGGAUGGGUGGAUGAUGGAUGGAUAUGUGAUGGAAAUAGAUAGAUAGAUUGAAGGAUGGAUAGAUGGACAGAUAUGUAUGUAUGGAUGAAUGGGGUACAUAAAUAGAUGGGUGGAUGAAUGGAUGGAUGGAUGAACAGGUAUGUAUGGAUAGAUGGAUAUGGACAGAUAUGGAUGGAUGAAUAUGUAUGUAUGAACGUACUAAAUAUAUAUAGAUAGAUAGAUAGAUAGAUAGAUAGAUAGAUAGAUAAUAUGUUUCUAUAUGUGCAAGGACAGCUGGAUGAUCGAUAGAUAGAUGCUAAAUUCAGAGUUGGUGAUUGAAUUCAAUGUCAAAGUCUGAAGGUGUGUGUGUGUGUGUGUGUGUGUGUGUGUGCCCUGAUUAAAAUGUUAGGUUGCAUAUCUGUCUCUGUGAUGCCACAUGAAAGGAAAUGAUGUCUUUGUGUGGAAUAAUAAUACCUGCCAGUAAAUUAGAGCUAUCAGUGCGGUAGUGAACAAUCUGUCAUCUGCUCUCAGGUUGAAAUAUGAUUAAUGUGCUGUAUUGUGAGUCUGUCAAUCUCUCAUUAGAAUAUAAAGGUCAGUCAGCUUUCAUGUGAUUUUGUUUCUCCUCCCUCUGUCCCCUUCAUCCCGAUGCAUGGAAUACACGUGUGUGUGUGUGUCUGUGUGUGUGUGUGUAGCUAUUUACCCCACCACCACACUGACUCCUAUAGGCCAGACACUGCCACAGCCGCCUCAGGUCAUUCAGCAGCAGCAACAACAGAGAGAAGGUCCAGAGGGCUGCAAUCUCUUUAUCUACCACCUGCCACAGGAGUUUGGCGAUAAUGAACUGAUGCAGAUGUUUCUACCUUUCGGCUCCGUCAUCUCCUCCAAAGUUUUUAUGGACCGAGCUACCAACCAGAGCAAGUGUUUUGGCUUUGUGAGCUUCGAUAACCCUGGCAGUGCCCAGGCAGCCAUCCAGGCCAUGAAUGGCUUCCAGAUCGGCAUGAAGCGCUUGAAAGUGCAGCUCAAGCGGCCAAAGGACGCCAGCCGCCCCUACUGACCCUCGCCCAGGACACUCACACACAUACACACACACACACACACAGCUGACAGCACAGGUAGGACUGCUGCUGAAUAACCUCGAAAC